AUGCUCGACGCCGUCGCCAAGACGAAGGGCGCGCCGCCACGCCUGCGGCCGUCCAAGGACCCGCGGCUGGCGCACAUCCGGUCCAAGCGUGCGCGGCAGAUGCAGUCCCUGCGCAACUACAUUUACGAUCUGACGCAGGAGCUCGAGGCGAUCCCAAAGCGGCCCGGGCACAGCGCGCCGCUGUCGUGGCACGACGUGGCCAAGGCACUCCAAGACGACACGCUCGAGCAAGUCCGUGAGAACCGAUCGCUGAAGCGCCAAGUGGCCCAUGCCAAGACGCUACUGGCGACUCUCCAAGACUGGAUGGCGCGCGUCGUGCGGCCCAACGAGCGCGUGCCCAGCCUAGUCGAGGAAACGUGGCGCCACUCGCAGCUGCUCGCGGGCGACGACGCCUCGCGCCAAGUGGCGUACGAGUGGAUUCUGCGGCAAGUCUACCACAACACAGACCGCGCCCUCGCGCACGUGGCCUUUCCAGCCGACGCCAGCAACUGCCUCGACGUGCGCGUGACCUUUGGCGACAACCCCAUGUGCCCGCUUCUGAGCAUCCAAGUCAUGACGCAAGAGUUCAUGCCAUUUAGCCUCGAUGACGUGGCCGCCGGCUACUGGGUCGCCGAGAAGACGUUUGCUUCCGCGUACCGUGAGAGGACGACGAAUUUCCUCCUCGAUCUGCACACGUUUUUACAAACCGAGCACCAAGACAUUCAGUACCUUCCAGAGGAGAUCCCGUACUCCGGCCAGCACGUCGUGCGGUACAACGUGCUCAGCGGCCGAUUCCGGGAACACGACCGGAUGACGAUUGCGCUGCGGACGAUCCUGCACGACGAGGCCAACUGCCCAAGAGACGAGACUAUCGAGGAUGGGCGCCAAAAAUGGACCAUUGACACCAAGCAGUGGAUCGUGGCCGACCGUGUCGGCCCGUCGCUGACGCGUUGCCGGACGUUCUACACAAUCCGACACCCGUUCACAUCCCAAGGCGACGUGGCCCUGCGCGACCUCGCCGCUGUCUACAAUGUGGAGGCGGCAACCGACAAGGAGCUUUGCGCGCAGCUCACCGCCAAGCUCACGACGGGUCAUUACGACCAGCGUGCGUUCUUUAUGCGGCACUAUGCUGCCGUGCUAUGCCAGCUGCAGCUCCUGCGCGAGGGCGCCGAUGUGUAAUCGUUUGCGUCGACUUCACGUCGAUUUUAUUUUGUUUGAAGACCCC